AUGCGUCUAGUCGUCAGGCGCUUCUCUAAGAUGGCGUUUCUUUCCACACUUUUUACUAUCUUCCUGGGGUUGACACCCGGAGCCAUAUAUGGAUAUGAAUGCCCUGGUGAAGGGAGAUUCCCUGACACCAGCACCUGUGGUGUCUUUAUAGAAUGUAUAAUCAAAGAUGGUGGAUUCAGUGUAACCAAAGAUAAUUGCAACGGAUUUGCUUACAAUGCAACUUCAAGGACUUGUUCUACUGAAUUGUGUGCUUCACGUCACGAACGCAGCAUUACCAAUGAAUACCACCCUUUUUCGCAAAUAUGUGAAAGUGAGCCUAACCGCUUCAUGUGCGCCAGCUGUAAGACUUUGGUUCACUGUGUAAAGGGACAAGCUUUCGUACGUCAGUGCACGGAGGACUUUUAUUGUACAGAUAAGUUUGGCUUUGGAGGCGCUGUAUGCUACCCUGAUGAACCUGACGAGUGCAUGUGCUUGAGGCCAAACGAGUUCCGUGUUGAUCCCUAUGACCCACAGAGGUUUUUCUCGUGUGAGAAUGUUGGCUCCCAGCCACAAAGCUACAAGUGUCCAGAUGGAAAGAAGUUUGAUGAAGGCUCUGCCCAGUGUGUGAACCAAAUUGGCUUCCCAGAAUGUGUUAAAUCUGGAACCUUUGCAAACACCCAAAACUGUGGGGAAUACUACUCGUGCAUUCCCUUGAGACAUGGCUGGCUGCAGAAGUUCUUCAUGUGCAGUGGAAACCAAUUGUUCAACGAGAGAAGCAAGAGCUGUGAAGAUCCUUGCACCUUGAAAUUCGUGUGCCAACAGGAGGGGAGAUUUCCAGACCCCCUCAACAUGCAGCAUUACUUCGAAUGUUUCAUGGAAUUUGGCCAGAUGGUACAACUGCGCUAUCAGUGUCCCCAUGGAUACAUGUGGAGUGAAGAAAGCUUUGGGACAGGCAAGUGUGUAGAGGCAACGGAAGAGUACGCAGAUUAUCCCUUUGCACAUUGCGAGAUCCCAGAUGGUCAUUGUCCAGAGACUGAUCCAUGUUUGCAAAAUCCUUGCUUUAGUGGGGUUACUUGUACAUUUACAAGCAUGGCACCUUUCUACACCUGUGGCCCCUGCCCUGCGGGAUAUACUGGUGAUGGAGAAACUUGCUAUGUCUUGCAGUGCCCUGUUGGUUUUGCUGGCGUCGGUGGUGACUGUGCCCCUGACUCUGACCUUGACGGCUACCCAGACACUGAACUAGGAUGUUCAAGCAAGUACUGCCGUAAGGAUAACUGCAUCAAUAGGCCAAAUUCUGGGCAGGAAGAUGCUGAUGGUGAUGGCCUUGGUGAUGCUUGUGACUCGGAUGCUGACGGAGAUGGAUUCAACAGUGGUUCGGAUAACUGUCCCCUAAUAGCCAAUCCUAAGCAACAAGAUGCAGACUCGGAUGGACGAGGCGAUGUCUGUGAUAACUGCCCUGCAGUGUCCAACCCAAACCAAAGGGAUGUUGAUGGGGACCAAGUAGGCGACGCAUGUGACGAUGAUAUCGACAACGAUGGAUCCCUGAAUGCAGCAGACAACUGUCCCUUAAUUGCUAAUAGCAAUCAGGCAGAUGCUGAUGGUGAUGGUUUGGGAGAUGUUUGUGACAACUGUCCCUUGCAUCCUAAUCCUGGACAGGAGGAUGGAGAUCAAGACCUUCUAGGUGAUGCUUGUGAUAGCAAUGUCGACUCGGAUGGGGACGGUGUGGAUGACGAUGUAGACAACUGCCCACCUGUAGCAAACAGUAACCAGCUGGAUGUAGAUGGUGAUGGCAGUGGUGAUGCCUGUGAUGCAGACAGUGAUAACGAUGGUGUUGAUGAUACUACCGACAACUGCUUAAUGAUUCCGAAUCCAGGCCAGAUGGACAGUAAUGGAGAUGGCCGUGGUGAUGCUUGCACGAUUGACUUUGAUGGUGACAAAAUAAAUGAUGUGGAUGACAAUUGCAUUAAAAAUCCGAAUGUACAUGCUACAGAUUUCAGGCAACUCCAAAUGGUAGCCCUAGACCCACAGAGUGUAAGCACCCCUCCAGUAUGGGUCGUCUACGACGAUGGUGCAGAGAUUCACCAGACUGUGAAUUCUGAUCCAGCUCUAGCAAUAGGUGACCAUGUAAUGAUUGAUGUCGACUUUGAUGGAACUUUCUUCAUUGAAGAUACUAGUGAUGAUGACUUUGUUGGCUUUGUAUUUGGGUACCAAAGCAAUGCCAGGUUCUAUGUUGUGGCAUGGAAAAAGGGACCACAGAACUGGUUUAACCAGGCCGAGAGGGGCGUUACCUUAAAGCUGGUAGACUCUGCUACAGGCCCUGGCUCAGCACUUAGGGAUGCCCUGUGGCUUACUGGUUCCACACCAAAUCAGGCAACACUGCUUUGGCAUGAUGGCAGCAUUGGAUGGACCCCAAAUGUGGCAUAUCGCUGGCAACUUCACCACCGUCCUAAUAUUGGCACCAUUAGGUUCUACUUGUACCAGGGUACUAAUCUGGUCAUGGACUCUGGAAACAUUUAUGAUGGCACCCUGCAAGGAGGAAGAUUAGGACUAUACUGCUUCUCUCAAGAAGAGAUUAUUUGGUCUAAUGUAAAAUACACUUGUGAAGAGGGUGUCCCCCAAGCCAUGUUUGAUGACUUACCACAGCACCUGAAGGACCAAGUCCUGAAUACUUCAGGAAUAAGCACAAAAAGCCUCUUUACUUUCACUGAAAGAGGAUCUCUGGAUGGGCUUCUAGCACAGGGUGAGCCUGGACAGCCUGAGAGCUACUCGUCUAAUGGUGAACCUUCUGUGAGAUGGGUCCUGAAAAAACCCUGUAAUUAAGUGGAAGAUGGUUGAGAGUUUGGAUUGUUUUAUUUUAAAUAAAUUAUUUUAGAAUGUGAA